AUGACAUCUACUUUCCAACAGUUUAAUGAAUCGUUUGAUGACACAUUAGUUCAACUGACACCAGAAUCAACGAUAUCAAUCAGAGACUCCAAAACAGGAUCAUGGGUAAAUCAAGAUUCAAUACCAGAAGUUUCAAGAUUCAAUGACUUUAGGACGAUAGAUUGGGUUGAAGAUGAAUUAGAUGAACAAAAACAAAGAUUAUUAAAAAUCAAGAAAUUUCAUAGUGGUUCAACUAAUUUAAAAGAUAAAAUUUUAUCACAAAUUUUGAAUUGGAUUGUGCUAGCUAUAAUGGGAAUUGUUAUUGGAUUAAUAGCUGGAUGUUUAAAUAUUAUAACUUCAUUUUUAGCAAGUCUAAGAGUUGGAUAUUGUAAAAAUGUAUUUUAUUUAAGUGAAAAUUUUUGUUGUUGGGGUGAAGAAGAAGAAAAAUGUGAAAAUUGGAGUAAAUGGUCUAGAUUUGAAUUUUUAAAUUAUAUCAUCUUUGUAUUAAUAUCAAUUUCAUUAUCAUAUACAGCUGCUAAGCUUGUUAAAUUUUAUGCACCGUUUGCAGCAGGGUCAGGAAUAAGUGAAAUAAAAUGUAUUGUUUCAGGAUUUGUAAUGGAUGGAUUUUUAGGUUGGUGGACAUUACUUAUUAAAAGUUUGGGAUUACCAUUAGCUAUAGGAUCUGGAUUAAGUGUCGGGAAGGAAGGUCCCAGUGUUCAUUAUGCUGUAUGUGUUGGUAAUUCUAUUGCAAAAUUAAUUACAAAAUAUAAAAAAUCAGCUUCUAAGGGUAGAGAGUUCUUGACUGCCACAGCUGCAGCUGGGGUAGCAGUUGCAUUUGGCUCUCCAAUGGGGGGAGUUUUAUUUUCAGUAGAAGAAAUAUCAUCGAUUUUUCAAUUAUCGACAUUAUGGAAAUCAUAUUUUUGUUCCUUGAUUGCUGUUACAACUUUAGCAGCUAUUAAUCCGUUUCGAACAGGUCAAUUGGUUCUUUUCGAAGUGACCUAUGACACAAAUUGGCAUUAUUUUGAAAUUCCAGUUUACAUAAUAUUAGGAAUAUUUGGUGGUGUUUACGGAAUUAUUGUAUCAAAAUUUAAUAUCAGAGUUGUUGGAUUUAGGAAGAAAUAUUUAGCUUCAUUUGCAGUUAGAGAAGUUGUAAUUUUAACUUUAUUAACAGCUAGUUUUUCAUAUUUCAAUCAAUUCUUAAGACUUGACAUGACUGAAUCGAUACAAAUGUUGUUUCAUGAAUGUGAUUCAACUUUUAAUUUACCUAUAUGUGAUCCUAACAAGAAUAAAACAGGAAUAUUAGUAUCAUUGAUAUUUGCAACUUUUGCAAGAAUGUGUCUCACCAUAAUAACAUAUGGAUGCAAAGUACCAGCAGGAAUAUUCGUACCAUCGAUGGCUGCAGGCGCUACUUUUGGAAGAGCUUUGGGUAUAAUAAUUGAUCAUAUUUACAAAUCCCAUCCUAAUUCAUUAAUUUUUUCAGCAUGUAAAGAAGGAGAGAAAUGUAUUAUUCCAGGAACUUAUGCUUUUUUAGGUGCAGGUGCAGGACUCUGUGGAAUAACUGAUUUAACUGUCACUGUCGUUAUAAUUAUGUUUGAAUUGACUGGUGCCGUACGUUAUAUUAUUCCAACUAUGAUUGUUGUCGCUAUUACCAAAAGUAUAAAUGAUAAAUGGGGUAAAGGAGGAAUAGCCGAUCAAAUGAUUAAAUUCAAUGGACUUCCAUUAAUCGAUGCUAAAGAAGAUUAUUCGUUUGGUACUAGUGUAGCAUCGGCCAUGUCUUCAGCUGUUGUUUGUUUUUCGAGUGAUUCAAAUGAUUCAUUAACUUUGGAACAAUUGAAAACGACAUUAAAUAAAACUACAUACAGGGGCUAUCCAAUAAUACAAUCUGGGAAUAGCCCAAAAAUUCAAGGUUACAUAUCAAGGUAUGAGUUAGAGUACAAUCUCAAACAAAAAGAUGGAAUUGUCAAUGAUGAUGUUGUAUGUAACUUCAAUACUGAGAACCAAAACUCCAUAGACUCAAUUGAUUUUAGCUUCUUUGUGAACAAGUCACCAUUAACUGUAAAUAUAAAUACAGCUUUGGAAAACAUUUUAGAUAUAUUUUUAAAGUUGGGACCUCGAUAUAUCUUGAUUGAAGAAAAUGGAUUAUUGGCUGGUAUCAUAACAAGAAAAGAUAUACUACGAUAUGAAUACUCACAUCAUCAUCAACGUAAAGAUUUUACAUUACAGCAAAUUCAGGAUGCAAGUGAUUUAAAGAUAUGGGAAUUUAUGAAACUAAUGAAUUUAUCAGUGAGAAAAAAUUUUGGUAAAAUUUUAUAUAACGAUCCAAAUAGAUAUGUACCUAUAUAA